AUGCCAAAAGACCCUAACGAUGAUACUAUUUGGAACAUGCCAAAAUAUACUAAUGAUGAUGCUAUUUGGAACAUGCCAGAGGAUCCUAAUGAUUAUAAUAUUUGGAAUAUGCCACAAGAACCUAAUGAUGAUCUAUGGGUAAAAAUCGAAGUUAAUAACCAAGGAAUAUCACAAACGAUGGAACCAGAUAUUUUCGAUCCUGAAUUUUCUUCAGAUCAAUCGGAUUAUUCUGAACAGACUUCUUUCGAUUCUCAACCUAUUGAAAAAUAUGCUAAUUAA